AUGGGUUACGCCGUCGACAUUCACAUCUAUGGCUUCGGUCUUUUCUUAUUCUACCAAGGCCUCAUCGCUCUGGUUGAUCCGCAAGGGCAAUUUAGUCUUCGGGGCAUCAAGGAUACGAAACCCUCUGACGAUAUGGUUAUUUAUGCACCUAUCUACAUGCUCGGGGCCAGGGAUAUUUCUAUCGGUGUUUUCUUCAUCGCUCACCACUACGUCGACAACCUAAAUGCCGUAUUGACUCUAUUGGCCAUCAUGGGUUUCUUCAAGAUCAGUGAUGCCAUUGUGGUAUUUGCUGUUGGGGGCGAAAAUACAAGCACAAAGGCAGUUGAGAAUUUGGCCUUUGGAGUUGGUCUUCUUGGUUGGCUUGUGUAUCUGGCCAAGAACUGA